UUCUCUGUAGUUCCAUCAUAUCGAGCAUAUUUGAUGGCUCAUCUCCUGCAGCAAGCUGGUCUCAAUCAGGACGCUACCGACAAUCAGACACAGUCUUUCCUGUUUCAUGUCGAGAAACCCGAAACCAUGGCGGGAUAUGCCACUAGCUGGAGUGAAAGUGAUACGGCAACCUGUGCCAGCACAUCCAGCUGGCCCGCAUUGCCCACAAGUGGUCUGAUGAGACGUUCGAGCUCGCCUGGUCAAGCUCGGGAGAAGUCCUCGUGCGCCAAUCACGCCUUGGACUAUGCAUCGACUCGGGGAAGUUCGCGUUCUCCGGUGUACGAUCCCAGUUGCGAGUGGUCCGUUCGAGCACAGAGCGGUACGCCACGAAAGAGCAUUGUAAACAGGGAACCUGUCGUACUCGAGAGGAGAGCGGCAGAGACUCAGGAGGACGGUGUGGUCAAGAAGAAGACUUCGGCGGAGUUGGCUGCGCUUGAGGCUUACUUGGCUAAGCAACGCGAGCACUUGGCAGCAGCGAUUUGCAAGGAAUGGGCCACUCCCAAUUCCUCUAGUGAACGGCAGGCGCGGCUGAAGGCAGCCUGUCAAGAGCUUGUCAAGCGUAGUUUCCAUGAGGUUUUUUGUGCGCGAGAGGCUGAAGGGAGUAAAGCUACGAUCGGAUGCAUGCGUCGAUCGACUGGUGGCUCGGCGGACUUGUGAUCCGCAACAUCCUUCCGUCCAAAAUGUUUCAAGCUAUGGGUGCGAGAGCAAUCAACCCAGUGAAAAUAUGUUACCAAGUCGAUCUUCGCUCAUCCUUUAAGAAUAUUUUGUGCCGAGUCUUCCGACUGCGGUUUGGUGAGCUCUCGUUCUAAUCCUACUAAGAUCUAGACUUAUCCCAUCUUGUUUUGGUAAGCUGCUGAUUGUUCCCACUUACAUCGGCUCCCUUGAGAACGGCGAGCACCUACGGGUGAGGUCACACUUGAUCAUGUAAGUGGACUUGACUGACUGGAUUCCCGAAGCCACUAUCAAUGAUCACCAGUCAUUUUGCUGAUGGGGUGCUCUCAUACAUUAUCGUCACAUAUUCAUUCUUACCUUCUUCGGUCUUUGAUGGGACUAAUGUUUUGCCAUAACGGCCUCCUGUUGAUGCGAUAAUUGCAUGAUUACUUCCGAUCGGAGAAGCGCUCAGUUCAUCCAGUGAGAGCAGAUAUUCGUCUUCCUGCUACUUCACUAAUUUCCUUGAGUGAUGUCGAUUCAUUUUCGGUCAUCAUCAAAAGAUGGGGCAUGUCCUGGCGUGAACUUUGUCCUAUUACUUAUUGCGCGAUCGCUGAGUAUUCUCGCAAUCAUUUGUUCGAGAGUACCUUCUUAUCCAUUAUGCGAAUGAAAAUAUUAUUCUCAACCAUCUCCUUGAUCAUAUGGUUCAGCUAGGUAUACUCGAGAAAAAAGUAGGGUAAAUCAGCUGUUUGCAUAGGAAGUUUUGAGUUC